AGCUUCUGUCGUUAAGGGCAGAAGGCUCAUCGAAACCGUCGUUUCCAAAACAAAUCUGAGCGUAGAAGUAAAAAAGAAGAGUAAAAAUUUAAAAACUGAAAGAAUGCAAUCAAAGAUCAGUUCAUUUUUCAAGCCCUCUCCAGCUACGGCCAAAAUUAAAGUCGCAUCUCCGAUUUCUGCUAUUAUAUUCGCCAACGAAGCCGAGAUCUGUGAAGACCCAGAAAUAACUGUUACUUACAAGCGCAGAGCUAGAAACCCAGGCAGUGAGAGUGAUGCCGAUUCAGCUGGAGCAACAAACAGACUUGGUGAGGUGGAUAUGGUAGCAAAACUGGAGGUGCCCAAGUCUGGAAAAGUUCUUCAUAAAAAGAGAAAAUACGCACAGUUUUAUUUGGAAUUAGGUCAGUCUGAUUUUCUGCUGCACGCUUGUACAAUUUGUGGAUUUAAGUAUGCCAAAGGUGAUGAAGGGGAUGAAAAGGUUCACAAAACAUUUCACAAGAAUUACACUCACGGCAUUCAGUUUAAGGGGUGGCGAAAUGAAAGAGUUAUAUACGUUCCUUCGCUUGACACUGGGCGUGUUAUCAUAGUGUUAAGCGAUGACCCUCCUGCUCAAAGAAGCAAGGUUCAGGAUGUUGUUAAGAUGAUGGAGAUGGAUCUUGGGGAUGGGUGGAUAUUUCAUCAGCACUGCAAGGUGUAUCUGUUUGUAUCUUCUGGAAGAGUUACUGGCUGUCUAGUUGCAGAACCAAUAGAGAAGGCCUAUCGGAUUGUUUCAAGCUCAACAGGAAAAAAGUCUCAGGAUCAAAAUGGAAAAGGAGGGAGAGAGAAUUCAGUGGUUCUCCAAUUUGGUGAAGUGAGCUUCCAAAGAGAAAUAGUGAGAAAGAAUAACUCUGCCAAAGGCAAGGAAAUGUGUGAUUCAGUCACUGGAGAGAUCUUAUGUGAGAAGGAAGCUGUACCUGCUAGUUGUGGUGUAAGGGCCAUUUGGGUUACUCCUUCCAACAGAAGGAAGCACAUCGCGAGUUACUUGCUGGAUGCUGUGAGGGGCAGCUUCUGCAGCGGCCGAAAUCUGAAUCGUACCGAUUUGGCAUUUUCUCAACCAACCUCUGCUGGAAGGGCCCUAAUAUCCAACUACAUUGGCGGAAAUGCAUUCUUGCUCUACACAACUUGGUGAUUUUGAGUAAGAAACAUUCGCAAUUCCAUCUUAGGUUAAUAAGUUUAUAUGAUAUAAUCUAGAAUGAAUGUACUACUGUCGAUCUAUUUCAAGCGUUCGUUAGUAAUAGCCAAUAGAAUUUUAUGGUCACAAUAAUGUAACAUAUUAGGUAGUUAGAACCUUGGAGAAGCAGAAGAGAAAGCUGAACCAUCCAUCAUAUUUGGAGUUCUCAUCCAAAAACAAACCAAGAAGAAGACGCAAAGUUCUAAAUUUUACCAGCUCGCAUGAUGUAGUAAUGCCAAGAAUCCGAACAUGCUAAAUAUUUUGCCCCUCGGCCAUCUGUUGACUGAAGACCCGUUUUAGGCUGCUUCAGGAAUUGGAAAAGCUUAGCCGCCGCAGAAUUCAGACUCAUUUCUUUGGUUUUUAACUGGUUGUCGUCUUUGCUAGAAUACAUACUGUAUCGUCCUCGGGCAGUCCCAUCACACGAUUACCAGUAGGACAAUACUGAAGAGAUACUCCAAAAUUUGUCAGCAUCCCAAAUUUCAAUUUUACCGGCAAGCCAAACACUCCUAAGACA